CGACGCCCCAUCACCUUCCAACGUAAGUCGCUAUCGUUGAGCAUAACGGAUACAAUCAAUUACAAGACGGUGUCACAGACAACUUCUACUAUUUCAUAUUGGGAUAGGAGUGAAGAAAAGAAUAUCGGUUGGUUUCUAUAGUAUGCAAUACAACUGCAGCGAUCUAUCUACAACGGCUGUUUGCAGAAGUAUACCUAAGUUCGACACAUGUAACGAAUACUUGCAGAAGCACGACAAAAGAACUUAUAAUCUUAACAAAAAUUUGGUUUUAAGUGUGAGCGUCGACUGUUCAUUUCCGACAACAAAAUCAAAAAACAAAUAUUCAAAUUCUCGUAGUUGGGUUGUUCAAGCAACAGCGACUGCAACAGCAAGUAAAAGCUAUCCAUACGAAUUUGUAAACAAAGGAAAUUCGAAAUAUACAAAAAGCAACACCGGUGGCAUGUCCUUUCAUCACCAACAACAAGAUUUCUUGGACGGGACAGGAGUUGCAGCUGGUGCUCCUCCUAUGUAUGAUAAUUUUUAUAAUCAAAAUGCAAGAUCUGUUUCAUCCGCCCGGAGUCCCCACGCUGCAGUCGCCGCCGGAGGACAUCACCAUUACCCGUCACCCUUAGAUUAUUCCUCGAGCGCUUCCAACCCGUAUUUAUGGUUGAACGCGGCUGCUGCAGGAACGGCAAGCAUAAAUGCAGCCACGGGAAAUCCCUAUAACUCGACUUCGUACAUGCAAACCGCUUCUUACGCCGCUGCAGCGGCAGGACAAAGACAACUUUUUGGCCCCGGUGGUUUUGGAUCUGACUUUGCUUGGCUUUCGUUAUCCAGUCAAUCUGAUAUAUUUAAACUAGUGCGUCCGCCAUACUCUUAUUCAGCAUUGAUAGCCAUGUCCAUUCAGAAUUCUCCAGAGAAAAAACUUACCUUAGCACAAAUAUAUCAAUAUGUGGCAGAAAAUUUCCCUUUCUACAAGAAAAGCAGAGCUGGAUGGCAGAAUUCUAUACGACACAAUUUAUCUUUGAAUGACUGUUUCAAAAAAGUUCCUCGUGAUGAAGACGACCCAGGGAAAGGCAAUUACUGGGCGUUGGAUCCGAACUGUGAGAAAAUGUUCGACAAUGGAAAUUUCAGAAGAAAACGCAAGCGUCGGGAAUCAUGUGCAAGAGAUGCUAGCAACAAGCUUUCAGAUUACAAUUUACCACAGAUUCCACCGCCUGCAUCGAUGUUGAAUUCUUUGCAAAACGGAAACGUCGAAAAUCGUAUCAACAAUGGAGGCCAUGUUGCCCAGGAUCUAGGAAACCAUCACCAUCAUCACGACUCGCUGUUGGACCACGGAAUGAAACAACACGACGAAAUUUACCCGUCGUCAGGAAUGCACGUUAAACAUGAAGUUCCAGAUUCCAUGCGAAACCACCAAGUAGGAUCCCCAACGUCACAGAGAAGUCCAAGUGGGCGCAACGGUAGAUUACCGAGUGUCAGUCUUGAAUCUGCGAGAUACGAUAUGUCGAACGGCACAAGCCAUAUGUCGGAAUCGCUUGAAGGAGCGACAGGCUCAGACUGCAUGAGUUGUAUGGUGUAUGAUGGAUCCGUUCCAUCAAAUUUGAAUCAUCAGCAUUCCCAGUACAAUUCAAACAGCAGAAAUUCGAGCGUUUCUUCCCCCGUUGGACUCAAUUCUCAUCCAUUUAAUUUCACCGUGAGUAACCUAAUUCACAACAGGGCCUAUCCAAAAAUGUAACUAUUUCACCAAACGAAUGAAAUUGAUACGAUUUAAAUUUGUUCAAUUUUAUUUUUUAUGUUUUACUCGUGAAAUUAUGGAGAAGCAUAGUACUCAAAUAAUCAAUUCCAUACAUGUCUGUUCCCAUUUAUGUACUUGGGAUAUGAAAACUAAUACAAAUCAAUAAUAUUUAUUUCGAAUACUGGAGUUAAUUUGAUGACACACAUCCUGUAUCCAAAGUAAUUUUCUUAAGUUCCAAAUAUGAAAGUUCAGCAACAAAUUUGAAAACCAAGCCAAAUGAACCAAUAGAAAUGAUAAGUUGAGUCAAUGUAACCCUGCUCAGAGUAUAGUUUGUGUUGAAAGCAAAUGGCAUAGGAACCUUGCUUCCUAGUUAAAAUGUGGUACUUAUGAUUACAGAACAUUUGGUCCACAUAUAAACGUCCACCCCUGUUUGUCGGAAUGUCAUAGUUUUUUUCUGUGUGACAUCAAACAAAUUUGAUUGGCGACAUUUGACUGAACGCUUUACCUACUUCUUCUUGUUCUACAAUGUACGCAGUGGUAUGAUUCAGAAGCGUUGAAUACAUUGAUUUAUUAUCUAAAGCGGCUCAAUUUCCGGCACUGCUGGUGACUAUAUGUGGGGCCAACAUUUUGGGCGUAAAUUUGGCACAAACUCUGAUGUAUAAUGACGAUUAUCAUAUGCAGUGUGCGUUGAAAGUCGAUUUGAUCACUUAGAUGCUUUUAUUCAACAUUUUCAUACGUUGUGGCUUUUCUCCCUAAAACCCUUUAAAGUCCAGAAAUAUUUUUGUGUAAGGCGACCCUUUUCCAUAGGAAGUCGAACUGCCCGACACAAACUGCUGUUAUUGUUAGCUUUAUUGCCCAACGGUACUAGCAUUUUUUGAUAAAAUAAGGUUCUACCAUUUUGUUGCGGAACGAACAACAACUUGUUUGAGUGAAGGUUUUUUUGUGAACCAGUUUAUCAUUAUGCGUGAACUUUGCUGUGUUUUGGUAGCAUAUUUAGUAUCUUUGCAUGCGUUUUUGUAUUAGUUUAUGCUGUGUUGACAAAAUAUACAAUAUAUAAACAUUACAAGA